AUGGAUUUCGAAUUCAUCGGAAUAGAGCAAGCCGAAGAAAUUACUAAAAAGACUGAGGAGGUUGCCGAAUCAUACGCAGAAGCAUGCAAUGCCCUAAGAGAAGCCUCGAAAAAAGUCAGUGAACUCCAAGCAAUCUUACCACCCGACAUGUGCAUCAGACUGUCAGACGAAUUCGUUGGCAGUUUUCCUUUACCCGGAUUUCGAUUGCCAUACGAGAUUCGGGCUUUACCCACACAUCCACAGGGUGCUAAUGGUGGUAAUGGUGGUGUUGAUGUUUUUGGUAAGAGUCGCGUUGAUUCCGCGGACUUGAAUCAGAUGUCAAGUAAUGACAGUAGAACAAAAAAACGUUAUAAAAGGGCUGACGAUAGAAAACGAUCGGAACAUCAUUCGUCGUCCAAAUCAGAAUCCUCGUCUACAGAAAUAUAUAAAUCAAGUAAAACUGUAAAGAAACACCAAGAUCAAUCUCCUACCAAAUCAAAAUCUAUAGUGCUGAAAGCGUCAUCCAUAAAAGGAAGAUCAGCAAAAACCACUGUUAAUGACACAUCU